AUGUUCCGCCCCGUUGCCCGAGCGCUUGCUCGCGCACCUGCUGUCGCGGCCCGUAGCCCGGCAAGCACUCGAUUGAUAAGCACUGCUGGUCCGACCUCGAAAUCGAGAAGCUGGAAGAACACCUUUGUCCGCCUCGGAUUGGCAGGUGGUGCUAUCUACUACUACAACACGAGCAGUGCUUUUGCUCAAGAGCCUUCUUUCUCCCUUUUCGGCCAAUCCAACAAGGAGAAUGCCGCCGAUCCUUCCGCCGCCACUCUCAACUCUAUCACCCCCAAGAUCCGUGAAGAGAAGAAGGCCGCCGCCCGGUCUCAGCCGAAGGCCGAUGCGCCUGCCCCCGAAGUUCCUUCCUCAGAGGCUGCUGCCUCAGAUGCCGCUGCUGUGGAGAUAAACCCCCAGGUUGGAAUUGAAUCGGAAGAGCCCCCAGAGUCCGCCGCGUUCAACCCGGAGACUGGCGAGAUCAACUGGGACUGCCCGUGCCUGGGUGGCAUGGCCCACGGCCCUUGCGGAGAGGAGUUCAGGGCGGCAUUCUCCUGCUUCGUGUACUCGAACGAGGAGCCCAAGGGUAUUGAGUGCAUUGAGAAGUUCAAGGGUAUGCAAGAUUGCUUCCGGCAACACCCUGACGUGUACGGCGCCGAGUUGGAGGAUGACGAGCCCGAGAGUGAUGCCCCUGCACCCGUCCCCGCUGCCGAGGGCGACGUCUCUUCGUCCGCCAACACCCAGGCUGAGCUCGCCGAGACUGACAAGCUGGUCCCCAAGGCCCACCUUGAGGCCGAGCAGCAGGACAAGGAAGCCAAAUGA